UUCCAUUUAUCUGGCUUUACUCUGCAAGUCUGAAGAUGUAAAGACAUAUGGAUAUGAAAAGAUUCUAGAGCCGUUGUUGAGUGAUCUUGUUACUUUGGAAAGUCAAGGGAUUUUUAUUGCACAUCUUGGAGAAUUUGUCAGGGGCACAAUACAGUGUGUCAUAGCAGAUAAUUUAGGAGCACACAGUAUUUCUGGAUUUAUUGAGAGUUUUUCAGGUGAAUACUUUUGCAGAUUUUGUGAGGCCAAAAGAUCUGAUAUUCAAGAAACAGAGGUUAGUUCAGGUGCGUUUACUCUGAGAAGCAAAGAGACACAUGAAAUGCAUGUAAGUUCUGCACAGAGUAAUGCAAAACCAUGUCACGGUGUUAAAAGACGGUGUGUUUUCUCUGCACAUCUCUCCCAUUUCAGUGUUUGCAGUGGAUAUCCUCCAGAUAUUGCACAUGACAUUUUUGAGGGCAUAUUACUAGUUGAGUUGGCAUACUGCCUGAAUAUCUUAAUUUUGAAAAAAUAUUUUACACUUGACAGCCUCAAUGAGUCCAUUCUGACAUUUCCCUACAAAUGGGCAGACAAGAGUAAUCGCCCUCAUGCUAUUCCCAGGACUUUCAUGCAGAACAAAAGCAUUGGAGGAAAUGCUCAUGAAAAUUGGAGUCUCUUACGAUUCCUUCCAUUGUUGGUAGGACACUUGGUACCUCCAGAUGAAACAGCUUGGCAGGUAAUUUUGGACCUAAAGGACAUUGUUGAACUAGUUGUUGCACCAGUACACACAGAACAAUCAAUUGCUUUCCUUGAGUCUAGAGUCUCUGACCACAGAUGUAGGUUGAAAGAGCUGUUUCCAGGACUGAAGCUGUUACCAAAACAUCAUUUUGUGGAGCAUUAUCCACAGAUGAUUAAAUUCUUUGGGCCACUUGUUGGCAUGUGGACCAUGAGGUUCGAGGCAAAGCACAGUUUUUUCAAACGGGUUGUUCGUCACACACGGUGCUUUAAAAAUGUGCUACUGUCACUGGCAGUGAAACAUCAGUUCAUGAUGGCAUACCACUUGGAGUCUGUCACAACUGUAAGGCCAAGCCUAACUGUCUCAGCUGUUUCUACUGUCUCUGUUGACAUUCUGCAUCAUGAUGUACAGCGAGACUUGAAGAUUAAAUUCCCUGAUAUUACCCAUAUUCAGCUCACAAAGAAUGCUUCUGUGAAUGGAACAAACUACAGGCCUGGCAUGAUUGUAGUUUAUGGCUCCUCUGCUGGAUUGCCUGAAUUUGCAGAAGUUGUCCAAAUGGUUGUUGUGGAGGAAAACCUGAGCUUCAUUGUCAAAGAGAUGGGUGCCUGGUAUAGGGAGCAUUUUAGAGGUUUUGAACUUUUUCCCACAUCACACAUCUCCCUCGUUGAUCUUGGUGCCUUGGUAGACCAGUACCCCUUGGCAGAUUACAGGAUUGGAGGCCGGCGAAUGGUCAUACUUAAAAGAUUCAUUCAUAUAGAAGAUUGAAGAAUGGCAGAGCAGCUGAAGCUGAGAGUCAUCGUGGCAGAUGAUGAUUUUAGGAGACUUGACGUUCCAUCUGGGAUGCCAAGAACUUUGACUGAUCUUCAGAGCACAAUUCGCCAAGCAUUUGGAAUUGAAAGAGACUUUCGUAUUCAAUUCAUGGAUCCUGACUUCAACAAUGAGUUUAUGAACAUAACAUCAAUGCAAGACAUUCAAGACCGAAGUACAAUCAAACUUGUGUACAUGGCAAAUCUGGAUACAAGUGCAUCUUUGUCAAAGCAGUAUCCCACAUGCAGUCUUGACUCUUCUGCAAGUCCAGAAAGUAUUCAAAGAAACUCCAGUCUCUCAUCGUCUUCAUCCAACUCAGACAGCACCAUAAUUCUACCACAGUCAGACAGUGAGCUGAGAUCAUGUGCAUGGCCUCGCGAGUUUACUAUUCCUCGAUUUUCAUUCAAUGUAGAGGUGCAACUUCAGCGUGGAAAUGAGACCUUCAGAGAAACUGGAACUCGGCUCAAGAUUACUCCAGGUGUUAAAUCUGACAUCUUAGAGAAGCUAGCUGAGGCGAUUUUUCAGUUUACUGCUUAUC